AUGUCUUGUCCGGAGAGCGCGACCGGGAGCGCGUUCCUGGUGGACUCUUUGAUCAGCGGCCGCGCGGACUCAGCAUCCGCAGUGCACUACAGCGGCGCGCCUGACAUGCCCUAUGGACUCCAGCACUAUGGAUACUUCCCUGCAGGUACGAAGAGGAGCGAGCCGGGCCCUGCGUACGUCUCCAGCGUGGACGUGUACAUGGACGCGCGCAGGUCGUGUCGCGUGGACGCAGCAGACACGGCGGCUCCUGCGUGCUCGUUUCCCCAGAACAUUAAAGAGGAGAGCGGCUAUUGUCUGUACGAGCAGCCGCCGUGUCCCACCGCGUCCACGGCAGAAGACCUCACGUACUCUCGCCUCACGUCGUCCGCCUGCGCACUCAGCGACACUUGUGGAGGCGGCAGAGAAGGCAGGGGCUCGGUGCCAGUGCCGGGCUACUUCCGCUUGUCUCAGACGCACGCACACGCUCAUAAACUUUACAGCAGCCCCCAGCCCCAGCCACCCCAGCCGAGCCCUUCACACGCACUCUACAGCCCUCACGCAGCCGCUCCCACCGCGUCCUACCACGCCGCUCCCCUGUCUUCCAGCGCUCCUCCAGAGACUGUGGACGAGCAGAGUCCAGGGAGCGCGGAUCCUCACGUGAGCGCAGAGCCUCGUGGGUCUACGGACGGAGAGGAGUCUUCAGCUGAGGACGCAGAGGAGCAGGACAAGGACGCCUCAGCCAACUCCAGUAAAGGGGAGUCCAAAGGCGACGGCGCGGGUGGAAACUGGCUGACGGCGAAGAGCGGCCGAAAGAAGCGCUGUCCCUACACCAAGCACCAGACCCUGGAGCUGGAGAAGGAGUUCCUCUUCAACAUGUACCUGACCCGAGAGCGCCGCCUAGAGAUCAGCAAGAGUGUGCACCUCACGGACAGACAGGUCAAGAUCUGGUUCCAAAACCGGCGCAUGAAACUCAAGAAAAUGACCAGGGAAAACCGAAUCAGAGAGCUCACGUCCAACUACGGCUUUGCGUAG